UGGGGACACUCUCUGCCUCUCUCUGGUCACAGCUGUCGCCUGUCUCAGCCCUUCAGAACCUUUGCUGCCUCUGCCUGGCCCAGGACAUCACCAGAGAAGGACCCUGAGAGCUGCCAGCAUGGUGUGCGGUGGCUUCACCUGCUCCAAGAACUCCCUAUGUGUGCUGAACCUGCUGUACAUUAUGGUCAGCCUCCUGCUGAUCGGGGUGGCAGCAUGGGGAAUCGGAUUUGGACUCAUUUCCAGCCUCCGAGUGGUUGGCGUUGCCGUGGUUGUCGGAAUCCUCCUGUUCCUAAUUGCCCUCGUCGGUCUAAUCGGGGCAAUUAAACAUCACCAGGUGUUGCUGUUCUUUUACAUGAUCGUUCUUUUCUUGGUGUUUGUUGUCCAGUUCUCUGUCUCCUGCGCUUCGUUGGCAUUAAACCAAGAUCAGCAGAAGGAGCUCCUGGAGAUGGGCUGGAACCACACGGCGAACGCCAGGCCUGACAUCGAGAAAAACCUCAACUGCUGCGGAUUUCACAGCUUCAAUGAAAGCGAACCAUGCGAGGCGGCAUGUUUUGCAUCUCAUAACUGUGAGACGUGUGGUUCUAUAAUCGAGAAGAAUGCCAAGGAGGUGCUGAGAGUUGUGGGUGGAAUUGGGUUCUUCUUCAGUUUUACAGAGAUCCUCGGUGUUUGGCUGACUUACAGAUACAGAAACCAGAAGGACCCGCGAGCCAAUCCAAGCGCCUUUCUCUGAUGGCAAUAGCAUUUCUAAGACUGCUCAUCCUCUGUACACUACUGAAUCCUCUACAGCGUCCCGGUUGCUGUGGUUGUUUGUUUUUUGUUUUGUUUUUGUCUGAAGGACCUUUUUUGCUUUCUUUUAAAAGGGACUUAAAAUACCACGAAUUAAUUUAUGUUCAACACUUGAAGGAAAGCGUAAAGUUGG